AUGGAAAUCAACAAGUUUAUUUUGUUUACGCUUUCGCUAGUCUUGAUUUUGGGUGUUAAUGUGGAGAGCUUCCAUUACCUUGAGAAAGAGCUUGAAUCGGAGCAGGGAUUGCAGGGGUUGUACGAUAGGUGGAGGAGCGAGCAUAAAGUGCAAGCAAAAGGUCCGGAACGUUUCAACGUGUUCAAGUACAACGUGCAACGUGUUCAUGCCUCAAACAAGCAAAACAAAACAUAUAGGUCGGAGUUGAACCAGUUUGCUGACUUGACUCAUCAUGAGAUGCUUAAAACCUACACCUCAAACAUAGAGCAUUAUUUGGCUCUCAAAGGACCUCAUGGUCCCAUCAAAGGUUCUGCUCCUUCUGGAGGUGGAAGUAUUGCAGGAGACGCGAGUAAACUCCCAAAAGAGGUCGAUUGGAGGAAUCAUAACGCCGUCACUCCUGUCAAGAAUCAAGGGCAAUGUGGAAGUUGUUGGGCUUUUGCGGCAGUGGGUGCAGUGGAAGGAAUAAACGCAAUCGUAACGGGUCAACUAGUACGAUUGUCGGAACAACAACUUCUUGACUGCGAUAACGAUGGAAGAAAUAAUGCAUGUGGUGGAGGUCUGCCAUGUGAAGCUUUCCAAUUCAUCAAAGAUCACGGAGGUCUAGCAACCGAGGAGAGCUAUCCUUACGUAGGUGUAAGAGAAACCUGUUGUUUUGCAAAGUUUGGACAUCACUCGGUAACUCUUGAUGGGGGUUGGAGACUCACUAUCAACGUUGAGUCAGAUUUAAUGGACUCACUGGCAAGGCAGCCUGUAGAAAUUGCCUUAGAUGCUUCGGGUGAUUUCAUGUUCUAUAAAGAGGGAAUUUUCACGGGAUCAUGUGGUACCAAUAUCAAUCAUUCCAUGUUAUGUGUGGGAUAUGGUGAGACGCCGGAAGGACAAAAGUAUUGGAUAGUCAAGAACUCGUGGGGAGAAGGAUGGGGAGAGAAAGGAUACAUACGCCUGGUACGAGGAGUUGAAGACCCCGUUGGCGUAUGUGGUAUGUACCAAUAUGCCACUGUUCCUAUGAAAGGCCCGGAAACAAGAAAUAUUGAACUCUAGAUCGAAGAACAACGACGA